AUGCUGGAAAAUAUCCAAAAUCGAUUGACCUAUAUGAUAAUGAAAGGUCUUGUUUCAAUCGCUUUUACGGUCUUAUUGGAAGUGCUUUUGGCAUAAUUAGUGCUUAUUAGUUAUUAUACGAGUAAAAGCAUUUUGUUUGACAAAAAUUGGAAAUACGCUUGAAUAUAGGAAGCACUUGAAAUGGGGUUUCAACAACAUAAAGAAGUUGGAAUUGGUUGUAUAGGAAUCACUUAUAAACACUUUUUACUAGAAGUGCGUUUAUUAGAGACUUUAACGUUGAAUUUAUAUAUAAAAAAAUCUAAGUGUUUAUUGAAAAAGUAUUUAGAAGUGCUUCUUGAAGAAGCAUCUAUCAUGUAUUCCUCUAAAAAACACUUAUGUGACUCAGAAACACUUUUUAACUCUUCUUCCAAAAGUAGCCAAAGACUCGUCAUUGAAGUUUUUUUUUAUUGUCCCAAAAUGCUUUUUAACUCUUUUAGAAGCAGUCACAAUCCAUAACAUGCCCUCCUACUACAUUCUUUAAGCUCUCUUUAAUAAGACAUCACUCUAUUGCAGCAGAGCAUGCGUUUCUCCAUCUUCAAGAAGAACAAAUCCCGUGUGAAUUUUCCUUUAAAGUUCGACGGUUGACAUUGCUCAAGCUUUCCCGUAACAUUUGCUUACUUGUUCUUGGAUUGGUUGCUUCACUUCACUCUUUCAAUCUUGAUACCUUCCUUUCUCCUGAAGAAGCUGUUAAUAUACACUAUCUUGAAGAAGUUCUUAUAAGCUAUGUCACUGGGAGAGGUUUUUAUUUCUGGAUUACUUCAAGUGUUACUUGAAAGGUUGACAUCACGUGAAACGCUGAGCUACUUUAGACGCCUACUUGGUGUUGGCAAAGAGCUGAAGAAAUGGAAGUCAAUGUUGUCUACUAUUCGAGCAGUGCUGAAUGACGCGGAGGAGAAACAAUUGACUAACCAAGAAGUGAAAUUGUGGCUGGAUGAUCUCAGAGACUUGGCCUAUGAUGUGGAAGACAUAUUGGACAAGUUUUCAACCGAGAUGUUGCGACGCCAAAUAAAGGAGAAACAUGGGGCUACCACAAGCAAGGUAUGGGGUUUGCUUUCUGAUGUUAAAUUUAACUGUAACCUGAGGUCAGAAAUAAAGAAGAUUACUGAUCGCCUACAUGAGAUAUUGGAAGUGAAAAAACAACUUGGUUUAAAUGAGGGGACGCCAUCUAAGGCAUGGCACGUGCCACCAAGUUCCCGCCUACCGGAAGGACCUGUGAUUGGAAGGGAUACAGACAAGACGAAGAUUAUUGACUUGUUGUUAAAAGAAGCACCCAGUGCCAUCAACUUUCAUGUAGUUGCCAUUGUCGGUAUGCCUGGAGUGGGAAAGACUACACUUGCAAGACAUGUUUAUGAUGAUGACGCAACGAAAGAGUUUAACAUAAAAGUAUGGGUAUCUGUGUCGGAUGACUUCAAUCUUGAAAGAGUGACAAAGGCAAUUCUUGAAUCCGCCACAUCUGGUCUUGCAAAGGAGUACAAGGAAUUCAACCAGGUUCAAGAAAGUUUGAGUAAGGAGCUAGCAGGAAAAAAGUUUCUAAUUGUUUUAGACGAUGUUUGGAAUACAUGUGUCUAUGAUUUGUGGAUAAAAUUGCAGUCCCCCUUCCGUGUUGGAGCAUUAGGAAGUAAGAUAAUUGUGACAACACGUGAUGCAAAUGUUGCAAACAUGAUGGGAUCCACUGUUUAUCAAUUGGAUUGCAUGACAGGUGAUCAAUGUUGGGAAGUCUUUGAGCAACAUUCCCGAUUGGACAUUACCAAAAGGCCGCAAAAGUUUGAGUUGAUAAAGGAGAAAAUUGUUGCAAAAUGUCGCGGAUUGCCAUUGGCUGCAAGGACUCUUGGAGGUCUUCUACGCUGUAAACAAGUAGAAGAAUGGGAGGAAAUCUUAAACAACAAGAUGUGGAGUCUAUCAGACAAUAGUGGCAUUCUCCCAGUAUUAAAAUUGAGCUAUCACUAUCUCCCUUCGAGUUUGAAACGGUGUUUCGCCUAUUGUUCCCUACUUCCAAAUGACCAUGAGUUCAGGGAGAAGCAGUUGAUCCUUCUGUGGAUGGCAGAAGGUUUGAUUCAACAAAGAGUAGAGGACAAGAAACAAGUGGAAGAAGUAGGCAGUGACUAUUUUCAAGAGCUAUUGUCCAGGUCAUUAUUUCAAAAGGCAAGCAAAAGCAAUGAUAAGUAUGUAAUGCAUGACCUUGUUGGUGAGUUGGCGCGGUGGGCUGCAGCUGAAAUAUGCUUUUCAUUGGAGGAUAAGGGAAAUGAUGACUUGCAUCCAAUGGCUCGUCAUAUUUCUUAUGUUAUUGGUGAGUAUGAUGGGGUUAAAAACUUUGAGGCCAUUUCAAGAGUUAAACAUUUGAGGACAUUCCUUCCAUUUCAACAAUCUUUAUCUUGGAACCAUCUAACUCGUAGGGUUACAUUUGAUCUAUUGCCAGAACUGCAAAUCUUACGGGUGCUUUCUUUGAAUGGCUAUAAAAUAACUGAGUUGCCCAAUUCAAUUGGUAAAUUGUGGAAUCUACGGUAUCUGGACCUUUCUUAUACAUGGAUAAAGAGUUUGCCUCCAUCAACAACCACUCUUUGCAAUCUGCAAACAUUGUUAUUAGAAGGUUGUUAUGAAUUGGAG